AUGUCACCAGUCGACGCGGCUUCAAGACUCCAAUCCGCUCGCCCUUGUCGUGAUCUGGCUUCAAUACCCCGAAUCACGUUUAUCGUCAAGCGGCUACCAUACUUUCUCUUGCUUGUCGACGCCCACGCUAGUGCUAGUCGCCCAUACCCCUUCAGCCACCUCGCCGUCGCUCCUUGGACAUCCUGCUACGAGCUGCAUUGCUUCGACAAGGCAGUCCCUGACCGUCGUCUGGCUACUCUCACCUCCCUGAACCGCGACUUCACCACCAACAUCAUGUGGUCUCCCUCAUCUACCUCACCCACUUCCCCCUGGUCCUCAUUCUACCGUCGCCCCGUCAAAUCCUCAUUCCUCCCAUUCGACCUCCCUCCCACUAUCGCCGACGCGUUCGACCUACCCCUCUCCCCCGCGCAUCCGCGGUAUCAUCAACACCGCUCCAUCCCCUCCGCGCCUUCACCUACCAUGCGGGUUGAGUCGGUUCGAUAUGUCGAUCCGCUGGACCCGGUCCGGCCAAUCGACAAGGAAGAGUCAUUCUCUCCAUUUGGGGAGCGUACCGGCGCUGUCGGAGGGAUGGGGUUCGGGCUGAGGGCGUCAUUUUCUGGGAAAGGCAAAAUCAGGAAGGAGAAGGAAAAGAAGGAAAAGAGAGGCACGAUGGUCCUUCCUAUUCUGCCCCCUCCGCCUACUGCACCGGGGCACGGACACGCCUAUAACACCUACAAUCCCGCAGAGAGCGUCGAGACCCUCUCGGCGUACUCGCGGACACCCGAAAAGCCAAAAGUCCUCUCGAGGGUCAAGCCGCCCCGGAUCGAAGAAGGCGAUAUGAGCCACUUCGGGUACGACACGCGGUCGAAUCACAGGCCAUCUAUGGCUAGUAUCAGCACCACCACUACCUCUCGUUCGGCCAUCACUGCGCCGGCCGCGCCCUACCCUUCUUACUCUUCUACCCACUUUCCCCCGCGACAAGCCCAUAUACCGCCUCGGCCACCUCGCUCUCCCUCGGCAGAUGAGCGCGCUAUCGCCGCACUGGAGCAGCUGUCGCACCAUCUCCUCGCGGAAAACAAGAUACCUGGGUUCAGGCACCGGCCGUCCUAUGAGAACGGAGAUAAGAGGGGAGAUGAGGACGACUAUGAGCGGACGCGGGCCGCACCUCGGGCAAAGAAGGAGGCGAAGAGGGAUACCAAUGUGGGGAUGGAAGGGUAUGUGAUGGUACCUCAUCCUCGAUCCACGGCGACAUCAGGGACGGAGAAGAAGGGGAGGUCAGCUCUGGGUCAGUCUCGGAGUCAAGGGGAGGAGCAAGUUCGAAGGGGUCCGCCAUAUGUCAAGGCGUCCGAGAUCAGGGAGAGGGAGCUACGCCAGGCGGAGGAGCGUGAGUGCGACGACCGGGAGAGGGCACGGGGUGGGGACCGGGCAGGUGAGGCGGAGCAGGAGCGAUUGAAGCAGAAGGCCAGGGAAGCGAAGGAAGCGAAGGAGGCAAAAGGACGGGAGAAGGAGCGAGAGUCGAGUCAGAGCGCUUCAAUGCGCGGCUGGCGUAAACUCCGCCCGACCUCAUCAGGCGGGAAAACCAAGGAUAAGGAAAGACCGAUCAGCGACAACCCCGUAGCGGCCUUUGGAAGCGGGAGUCGGCGGACACUCGGUCGGAAUGGGAGUUCAGGCGGUACAGCCAGCAAUCCCCUACCGUACACGGCGGAAUUACCGCCCGUUCCGUCGAUCGUCUACUCGGCGGGCGGCAGAGACGGUGACAAGGACAGAGAAGGCAGACUGGGGCGUGGCACGUCAAGGAUGAGAAGUAUCUCCUCGAGUCGACAUCUUUACUCCACCCCAUCCGCCUCGGCUUUGGACCUCCACGUCGAUCCCCAACCGGCGCAGUCGUCCCGCCCACCUAUCCCGCCCCGAGCCCCUUCGCGCCCGUCCACGACCCGCCGCUCCUCCUCCCAUAGCUUUGCAAGCGGGCUCACCGAUAUCGCCGGCGGAGUGUACGUUCCGUUGCUCCUCUCGCCAGGCGGACCGGGGGAUCAUGGGUUUGGCGAGGUCAAGGCGCAGGUGCCGAGGGGGGCGGUCAGGGAUAGUAUGGCCAGUAAGACGGGAACGGAUGUCACACUGACGCCAGUGCACCUGACUACCCUCCCCUUACCUCCUAUCCCUUCGCUCCCAUCUCGCGCCCUCUCGCCCUCGCCUGUCCGACUUCAUCGCUCGGACGGUCAGCCCACUCCGUCCGAAUCCACACACCCAACCUCGACCGAUACCGGACGCAAAAACUCGCUUCAUAUCCUCGGCGGCUCAUCCAGGUUCCCCAAGCUCCGGAUCAAGCGCUCUCCUCCUGCGCUCUCUUCCGCGGGUCUACCACCACCGGUCCAUCCCGACCGCCCAGCAGCGGAUACCUGGGCGGAAGACCCGAUCGCCGAAGAGGGAAUGCGACUCCUCGAGGAGGUCAGGAAACGCGAGAGGCUUGUCCCAAGGACCGAGCCCCGUCCGGACCGGCUCGCUAGUCAUGCGCAGCAUCCCGAAGCUGCCAGCUCGGGGAGCGAGGGGAAGAAGAGGAAGGAGAAGAGGAGGGAGGGGAUGACGGCGUUAUCGUUCUUGGAACUGGACGACUGGGCGGUACCGGUGAUCAAGUCUGGAAUGGAGCAGGAGAAGGAAAAGGAGAGGAAGGAUUCUGGGUCGACUGGAUCGUCCGAGCCUCCCCAGACUCAGCAUAAAACACCGCCCUCCCGGCCGCGACCCAUCCAUCAAAGCGAGGAACCACAUCCACAGAGCGAUUCCCACUCGCCCUCAAGAUCUGUCGGACGUGGCGAUGGAUCGCGGGGCCCAGCUGCGUUAGGGAUGGGCGUGGCGCACAUCAUCCCUCCAGAGGAACGGAACCGGAUCGGCCCGUCCGCCUUCUCUGCUGUCGGCGAAGCGCGAGAUAUCGGGGAGCGCGGUCCGAGGCGGGAAUCGUGCUCUGACUUUGAUGUCGGAAGCGAGGGGUCUAUCGAUAUUGACCACAUUAUCUACCCCUCUCGGGCCCCAGCGAGGCAAGAUGAUAGUCCUACGGCGCUGGAUCAUCCGCUCCCCUCCCCAACUCGACCGGCUAGCACCGUCCGCUCCACGCGACCAGAUACCGCUCCUACCCACUCCAGCGCCCCGAGACCAUUCGGGACCGCCUCCGUCAACCGAGGUCGGCCCAUCCCGCCACCAUUUCCCAGUCUACACCUCCAUAUCCCGGCUUCGUCGUACUCGGCCGUACCCUCCACUGGACCACCCACGGCUCUGUCUCCCGCGCCUCGCUCUCGGAAGAUGACGAGCAGGGCGGGAUCGGCCACUGCGCAACUCGCUGGGUCUCGGACGGCGGACGAGCAGGCGAGAUCGCCCAAUGGGGCAUUGUACGGUCUGGGCCUGGGUCUGGGAGCGGGACAAGGCGCGAUGGAAGAGGGACAAGAGCAGGGGUUGAGGAGUUUGAGUAUGGGCACGCUCGGUCUGGGGCUGGGCACGCCCCCUCCCCCGAGUGUGGUGAGGGGAAGAUUGAUCUCUAGCGGUCCUGCCAGGUCUAAGGAUGGAGGGGGAACGAGCGGUCUCGUGUCGGCCGAAGUGUUGAAAGGUGCGGGCGGCGGUUUAUCCGGCCACACAGACGUGUUCUCCGCCAAUACUUCUUCUCCCAUCUCGCCACUCAACAAACUUCAUCCCCUCGCGGAGGCGCCGGGACUCGAAGAGGGAGAAGACGAUGACGAUGAUGACGAAGGCGUCGAACCACUCUUCUCGCCUGUCAAAUACGUCCAUCCCGGUCCCGUUCCCGGAGACAGAAUCAGCAAGCGGUUCUCGAGCGGCGAGUUUGGGGUCGGAUCGUAUCGUCCCUCGACCCAAUAUCGCGUCGAAGAAGACGGAAGAGAGCUGCGGAGUGGGGAUGAGGACCGCGAUGAGGGGAUGGCUAUGUCGGGUGAGGGUGGAACUAUAGAGGGGGUUAGGGAUUCGGCGAUGCGGGAUAUGGGCUCCGAGACAGGGGUUGGGGCAAGGAGAGGCGAGGCUGAUGAGGGGGCGGAGCCGUUGACGUAUCCUAGGGCUUCGAGGGGUUGA